AUGCUGUGCACAUAUGGCGAGUCCGGCCCUUUUAAGACCAUAUCAUAUCAAUUAUCAUCUAUAUACAAAAUGGAGAAGCCAAGUAAAGAACCUGAAACUAAAUCAGAAAGAGUUUCCAAACUUUCUGGAAUGAGCAAUGGACUCAAAAGAACAAUUUCAGGUGUAUUGCUAUCAGCUCUAUUCUUCACCAUCGUAUAUGUCGGUGUUCCAACCAUUUACACCAUGUAUUUAAUCGUUCAAAUUAAAUGCUUCGACGAAAUUCUGAAAAUCGGAUACAGCAUGAAGAAAGUGCAGGAAAUUCCGCUAUUUCGGACGCUCAAUUGGUAUUUCUUAGUGGUAGCGAAUUAUUUCCUAUUCGGCGAGACAUUCAUUAGCCACACUCAAGUUUUCAUUAGGAAAUACUACGUGCUGGAAGCGCUGGCGUCUUAUCACAGGUUCAUAUCGUUUUGCCUGUAUUUUCUCGGCUUGAUUUGCUUCAUGACGAUUUUGAGGAAGAAAUUGAUCCGGCAACAGUUCAGCUUGCUGUCCUGGACGCAUUUCCUUUUGAUGAUUAUCAGCGUGCAAACUUAUAUGAUCAUCCAAGUGAUGUUCGAAGGGAUUAUAUGGCUGGUGGUGUCGCUUUGGUUGGUUAUUCUGAACGACAUCUUCGCUUACUUAUUCGGCAAAUACUUCGGAAAAACGCCCUUGAUCAGCCUCUCGCCCAAAAAAACCGUAGAAGGAUUCGUCAUGGGCGGUUUGAGCACGUUCGUGCUCGGCGUUCUGAUAUCGUAUUUGUUCUGCCAUUUCAAGUACUUCGUGUGUCCGGUUAAAUACGAAGAAAUCAACGGGGAGAUUGUGCAUUUCUCGAACUGCACGCCGAGCGACUUGUUCCAACCCAUCCCUUACCAAAUCUUCAACACGGGGAUCUCCCUAAAUUACUAUCCCUUCAUGAAGCACUCGCUGUACCUGUCGAUUUUCGCCAGCAUCAUCGCCCCCUUCGGGGGUUUCUGCGCGUCCGGGUUCAAGCGCGCCGUCAACGUGAAGGACUUCUCGGACACGUUUCCGGGACACGGGGGAUUCGUGGAUAGAUUCGACUGCCAGUUUCUGAUGAUGACCUUCGCCAAUGUCUACAUCAUGACGUUCGUCGAGCACUCCGAUGUCGACGAGAUUUUCCGGAAAAUUCUCACGCUGACCGACGCCCAACAGCUGGAGUUUUAUUCGCUGUUGAAGCACUCUUUGGGCGAGCAGCUCGUUGGUGCGGUAAAAUAG